AUGGUCCUCGGGCUCGGCCUCUUUGCCUUCUUCGAACGCAACACCUCCAAAGUGGAAUGGGUGAUUGUGCAGAUGCUCCCAGCGUUUGGCGUGGAUUUUAUGAUGUCCACCAAUCUUGCCGCCGUCCAAGCCGAUCUUAGCGAGGAGCUGACCGCCGCCUCCGCCGCUGCGUUCGCCUUCAUGCGCGCCUAUGGAUCUAUCUUGGGAGUGGCCAUUCCUGCCGCGGUGUUCAACUCCCUCUUCACCACCGAGUCGUACCGCAUAGCUAAUGAGAGUGUGCGCGCCGAGCUCAGCGGCGACAGAGCGUACAGCUUUGUUACGGCGACACUAGUCAAUGGUCUUGCACCUGACACCCGCGACCAAGUCAUUGAUGUUUUCACGAGAGGCCUCAAGGUAGCCUGGCUCGCCAGCAUUGCGCCAGCCGUGCUAGGCUUCCUGAUAGUCUUUGCCGAGAAGGAGAUCGUGCUACGGACAGAGCUGGACAUCAAGUACGGCUUGGACGACGGUGAGAAGGUGUCCGACACAGAGGCAAGAAUCGCCACGGCUGGAGACGGGGUCUCGACGGUACAGACUGAAAAACGGGCAAGGUGGGGACUGCGGUACAAUGUGUUUGAAAUAGGGCAGAGCUCAAUCAUUUCUCAUCUCUAUAUUCAGAAUAACUUUACACUCAGGAUACCUCUACAUUGA